AUGGAAAGCGAACUCAGUUUAGAGGAUGGAAUAUCUAAUAUUACCAUAGUUGAGGAUAUGGGAGCAACAAGAGUCAUGUCACGGAAUGAAAGGACAUGGCACAUGGCAUCGGAGGUACAAGAAAUCAAAGACCGAGACCAAGAAGGCGGGCAGCUUCCUAGAAAACUUGGUGUAACCUGGCGAAACCUCACCGUCAAGGGCAUCAGCAGCGACGCCACAUUUAAUGAAAAUGUUCUCUCCCAGAUGUAUCCAUUCCAUAAGACAACCAAAGAAACUCCGAUGAAAACGAUCAUCGACAACUCAUACGGCUGCGUCAAGCCAGGCGAGAUGAUGCUUGUUCUGGGACGGCCUGGCUCAGGUUGCACGACAUUGCUCAACGUACUCUCAAAUAACCGACUAGGUUACGAAGAGAUCACAGGAGAUGUUAGCUUUGGGAAUAUGUCAGCCAAAGAAGCUAAACAAUAUCGUGGCCAGAUUAUCAUGAACAACGAAGAGGAAAUCAUGUUUCCUACUCUUUCAGUCGAAGAUACUAUCACCUUUGCCGCUCGCAUGAAGACUCCCUAUCACUUACCGCCUGGUAUCAAGACAGCUGAGGAGUACGCCCAGUUUAACAAGGAUUUUCUCCUACGUUCAGUGGGUAUUUCUCACACUGCCUCUACAAAGGUUGGCGACGCCUUCACCAGAGGUGUUUCUGGAGGAGAACGGAAGCGUGUGUCAAUUAUUGAAUGUUUAACAACUCGAGCGAGUGUUUUCUGCUGGGAUAAUUCAACAAGAGGACUUGACGCUAGCACAGCUCUAGAUUGGAUCAAGGCAAUUCGAGUCAUGACCGACGUCCUGGGCCUCACAACCAUUGUCACUCUUUAUCAGGCUGGCAACGGUAUCUACGAACAUUUCGACAAAGUCCUUGUCCUUGACGAGGGAAAACAAAUCUAUUACGGAAAACAGAAUGAUGCUGUUCCUUUCAUGGAAAGCUUGGGAUUCAUCCGAGAUUCUGGUUCUAAUCGGUCAGAUUUUCUGACCGGUGUGACUGUACCCACCGAACGUCGCAUUGCUCCUGGCUUUGAGAAAUCCUUUCCACGUACAGCCGGGGAGGUCCGUGCCGCGUACGAGCAAUCGGAAAUCAAAUUUCAGAUGUUGGAAGAGUGUCAAAGUUAUGCAACAAGUGAAGAAGCCAAGGAAAAUACAUCAGUGUUCAAAGAGAUGGUACGCUUUGAGAAGCACAAAGGAGUGUCUGAAAAUUCUCCAGUUACCACCGACUUUAUUACUCAGAUUAAGGCUGCUGUCACCAGACAGUACCAGAUUAUGUGGGGUGACAAGUCAACACUCAUUAUGAAGCAAGGCGCCACAGUUAUUCAAGCAUUGAUUGGUGGCUCACUCUUCUAUGCCGCUCCUGAUAAUUCGGCAGGCCUUUUCCUCAAGGGUGGUGCCCUGUUUUUUUCGAUCUUAUACAACGCGCUUUUAGCUCUUUCGGAAGUCACAGAUUCGUUCACAAGCAGGCCUAUCUUGGCUAAGCAUCGUGGUUUCGCUCUAUAUCACCCCGCAGCUGUUUGCCUUGCCCAAAUUAUUGCCGACUUUCCAAUUCUAUUGUUCCAGGUCACUCACUUUGGUAUUGUUUUCUACUUCAUGGUUGGUCUUAAGAGAGCAGCUGGUGCAUUCUUUACCUACUUGGUCGUCAAUUUUAUGACUGCCAUGUCCAUGACAUCUUUCUUCCGGUUCAUCGGCGCUGCUUUCCCUACUUUUGAUGCUGCCACCAAAGUCUCAGGUCUUGCAACGGUCGGCCUCUUCUCAUAUAUGGGCUACAUGAUUACUAAGCCUGACAUGCAUCCAUGGUUCGUUUGGGUCUACUGGAUUGACCCUAUGGCGUACGGGUUCGAAUCUCUUCUUGGGAAUGAGUUCCACGGGCAACAAUUGGAUUGUGUUGGUCCCUACCUCAUUCCCAAUGGUCCCGGAUACACACCUGGUGAGGGUGGACAGUCAUGUAUUGGUGUUGGUGGAGCAGUCCCUGGAGCCACAAGCGUCACAGGUGACGAAUAUCUUGCAUCCAUGUCCUUCAGCCACAGUCACUUAUGGCGCAACUUUGGCAUCGUCUGCGCAUGGUGGGUACUCUUUGUUGGGCUUACAAUAUUCUUCACUUCCAAAUGGAAACUCCCAGGAGAAGGUGGCCGGAGUCUUCUCGUGCCUCGAGAACAACAGCAAAAAUCGAAGCAUCUGUUACAACCUAAAGAUGAGGAGACACAAGCUCUUGAAAAGCCUCUGCCUGAGUCUGGGUCCGUCUCUGGAACUGACACGCCUAGUGGGAGCGUCAACAAAGACCUUAUCCGCAACAAGAGCAUUUUUACAUGGAAAAAUCUGACCUACACUGUCAAAACCCCUAGCGGUGACAGAGUUCUUCUUGAUAACGUUCAAGGAUAUGUUGAACCUGGCAUGCUUGGAGCUCUAAUGGGCUCUUCAGGUGCGGGUAAGACAACUCUUCUUGAUGUCUUGGCACAGCGCAAAACGGAAGGUACUAUUCAUGGAUCUGUACUAGUCGAUGGUCGCCCCAUCCCCAUCUCAUUCCAACGCUCUGCUGGUUAUGUUGAACAACUAGAUGUUCAUGAGUCCUUGGCAACUGUUCGAGAGGCCCUUGAAUUUUCAGCCCUUUUACGCCAGUCUCGCGAUAUACCUGACGAGGAAAAGCUACGUUAUGUGGACACAAUCAUCGAUCUUCUUGAAUUAAAUGACCUUGAACAUACACUCGUCGGUCGUCCUGGCGCCGGACUUUCAGUUGAACAACGCAAGCGCCUCACUAUCGGUGUCGAGUUGGUAGCAAAGCCAAGCAUUCUUAUCUUCCUCGACGAACCUACAUCGGGCCUUGAUGGGCAAUCUGCUUACAACACUGUUCGCUUUCUUCGAAAACUUGCAAGAGCUGGGCAAGCUGUCUUGGUCACUAUUCAUCAGCCCUCGGCGCAAUUGUUUGCACAGUUUGACACCCUUCUAUUACUUGCGAAAGGUGGUAAAACUGUCUACUUUGGUGAUAUCGGUGAAAACGCUAGCACGAUGAAAGAUUACUUCGCACGCCAUGGAGAACCUUGUCCUCCAGAAGCCAAUCCAGCAGAGCACAUGAUCGAUGUUGUAUCCGGGUUGGGAAAUUCGGAUAAAAGUCGAGAUUGGAACCAAGUCUGGUUGCAAUCUCCAGAACACGAGAAGCUCUCCCAGAAAUUGGACACUAUGGUAAGCGAGGCAGCCGUAAGGCCUGUAGAGGAUAAUGUUGAUGGAUACGAAUUCGCGGCUUCCCAGUGGACACAGAUUAAGCAUGUGACACAUCGCAUGAAUGUUUCACUCUUUCGAAACACUGAAUAUCUCAACAACAAGUUUGCUAUGCAUGUCAGUCUAGCCCUUCUCAACGGCUUCUCAUUUUGGAUGAUUGGGGAUCAUCUUACAGAUCUUCAGCGUAAUCUUUUCACUGUUUUCAGCUUCAUUUUUGUGGCCCCAGGUGUUAUUGCCCAGCUUCAGCCUCUUUUUAUCGAUCGUCGCGACAUUUAUGAGGCACGGGAAAAGAAGAGUAAGAUGUACCAUUGGGCUCCCUUUGUUACCGGGCUUAUUGUUUCGGAAUUUCCUUACUUAAUCGUCUGCGCCUUGUUGUACUAUGUCUGUUGGUAUUUCACAGCUGGUCUUCCAUCUGGAGCAAACUCCGCUGGAAGUGUGUUCUUCGUUGUGAUAAUGUAUGAACUUUUAUAUACUGCUAUCGGACAGGCGAUUGCCGCUUACGCCCCCAACGCUGUCUUUGCAACACUUGUCAACCCAUUAGUCAUUACAACUCUGGUUUCGUUCUGCGGUGUCAUGGUACCAUACAGCCAAAUUGAACCUUUCUGGAAAUACUGGAUAUACUAUCUCGACCCUUACAAUUAUCUCAUGAGUGCCCUGCUUAUAUUCACAUCUUGGGACAAGCCUGUUCACUGCACAACCGACGAACUCGCCAUCUUUGACCCGUCUCCAAAUCAAACAUGCGGCGAGUAUCUUGAUAUCUAUAAGCGUGGCAUGGGGCCAGGAAUCAAUAUUUUGAAUCCAGAAGCCACCGCUGAUUGUCGAGUUUGCCAAUACACACAUGGUGGAGACUAUUUAAAGACCCUGAAUCUCCCGGAAAAAUCCUAUGGAUGGAGAAAUGCCGGGAUUGUUGUGGUGUUCGUCGUUGGCAUCUAUGCAUUGGUAUAUUUCAUGAUGAAGCUCAGAACAAAGGCCACGAAGAAAGCCGAGUCUUGA